UGUAAGUAAAAUCUAACAAAAAAAUUGUUCUAUUCACAAUCAAACUUGGAUCUCUUGAACAAUUCGUCUUUUGAUGGAAUUCGAUAAUCACUUACUUACGUUCAAUCGCUUCGUUUAAAAAACAAAUGUUGAUUCAAGUUUGAUUUUGAAGCUCCCACAUCAAAGCCACGUGUGAAAUUCAAAUACUAUUGGCCCUUCAUUACACUUCUGUUCCACAAACACACAAAUAUUUCAAAAGUUAUCCAUCCAAAUAUAACAGAUAAAGUGAUAAAACAUUUUGUUCCAUUUCCAAACUAAGAAAUUCAGCUUCAUUUGGCCUUUGUCAUAUCAUGGCUUUAGCCAUUUCAUCCACUUCAUUAUCAAGUUUUCCAAACAGGGAAAUAUGUCAAAAGGUUUUCCACCAAGGAACGACAACAACAACCUCAUGGUUAAGCAACAGCAACAGAAGAAGAAAACUUACAAUUAGAAAUGCAAAAAAAGGAGUGUCGGAUGUUUGUGUACCACUCCCUCCAGAUAGGCCAUUGUGGUUUCCUGGUAGUUCACCUCCUGAAUGGCUAGAUGGCAGUCUUCCUGGUGAUUUUGGUUUUGACCCUCUUGGAUUAGGGUCUGAUCCAGAGUUAUUAAAAUGGUUUGCACAAGCAGAACUAAUGCAUUCAAGAUGGGCAAUGUUAGGAGUAUCAGGAAUCCUCAUCCCAGAAAUACUCGACAAUAUGGGUUUCGUAAAAAACUUCUCAUGGUAUAAUGCAGGUUCAGUCCAAUAUUUCGCAGACCCAACAACACUAUUCAUUGUUCAACUCGCUUUAAUGGGUUGGGUCGAGGGUCGAAGAUGGGCUGAUAUUGUUAAUCCAGGUAGCGUUGAUAUUGAGCCCAAGUUACCAAAUCGGCCUAACCCAAAACCAGAUGUUGGUUAUCCUGGCGGGCUUUGGUUUGAUCCUAUGCAGUGGGGAAGAGGUUCACCUGAGCCUGUUAUGGUUUUGAGGACUAAGGAGAUUAAGAAUGGAAGACUUGCUAUGCUUGCUUUUCUUGGAUUUUGUUUUCAAGCUGUUUAUACUGGUGGUAGUCCUCUUGAAAAUUUGACGGCUCAUCUUGCUGAUCCCGGUCAUGUCAACAUUUUCUCGGCUUUCACUUCAGGGUAGUGCUAUGGUUUGGACGAGCAUCAAAAUGAACCUGCACAAUGAUGUCCUAGAAAUAUCCAUUAUUUACAUGUAAUUGUGUUUCAUAAUCUGAGUUUUACAAUUGACACAAGAUUUUUAUACUUUUAAACAAAAUGAAAAUAGUAUUGUGUUUUGUAUUGUAUGAACCAGGAUAAUUCUUUUGCAUCAGUCAAACAAACCUCAAAUGUAAUGAAGUUAUUAGAGGCUGCGGCAAGUUGCGAACCUAAGUCAUUUUUGAAAGUUCAA